GGACUUUUCCCCCCGUUUCCUUCCGCACACCCAUCCCCUUUCUCCUUCUGAACCUGGUCAACGAUCGCAACCUACUCUAAAGAUAUAUCACAAUAAUGAAGCCUUUGGCGCUAUCGCUCUUCCAUCCUCUCUUCACCAACACCUCUCUCGACUUGCUCGGACUUCAUCCGGACGAGUUCAAGUUUGAGAACGCGCCAUUGUCAACGCGUUCUGAAGUGGCAAAAUGGUUUCUCGUGUACUUGACAGUGGUGCUGGGCGGCCAAGCCUUUAUGCGCAGAUUCGUAAAGGAGCCGAUUGCCGUUAAGCCCCUUUUCUUCCUCCAUAACGCCUUCCUGUCUGCGUCAUCCCUGGCAUUGCUCGUUCUUUUCCUCGAGAUUAUUGUCCCUAACAUUUGGAAUCACGGUUUGCUCUGGGCUGUCUGCCAUGAGAAGUCAUACAGUCCGCGCAUGGAGCUCUUAUACUAUAUCAAUUACUUGAUCAAGUACUAUGAGUUCAUUGAUACUAUAUUCCUUGUGGUGAAGAAGAAAAAGCUGGAAUUUCUACACGUAUAUCAUCACUCAAUGACAAUGGCUCUGUGCUUCUUCGAAUUGGAAGGUCGGCCAUCCGUAGCUUGGGUUCCUGUUACAUUGAACUUGUUUGUACACGUUAUCAUGUACUACUAUUACGCGCGAACUGCCGUCUCCUCAAAACCCAUCUGGUGGAAAAAGUACCUGACUACCCUUCAAAUUGUUCAAUUUAUCAUUGACCUAUUUGCUAUCUACACGGCCACCUAUAUCUACCUCUCAUCGGACCCACUUGCUGGUGUUCUUCCGAACUUUGGUCUCGGCAAAUGCUCCGGAACUCCCGUGGCCGCUGGUGUUGGCUGCUUUAUCUUGACCAGCUACCUUGGCUUGUUCAUCCAAUUCUUUUUCAAGACAUACAGUGGACGAAAGGGUGGCAAAGGCGGAAAGGUCGGCAAGGUUGCAGAUGACACCGUUGAGCGGUUCGAAAAGGAGAUUGGCCAGGAAAAGGUGCUGAGUGCUGUAAGGAAAGAGGGAUCUACGCGAAGACGGUUGAAGAGAGUGGAUUAGACGGCGAAAUGUGCAUAAAUAGUCUUAGUCUUGAUCAGGAUUGUUGCGGACGAUUGAAUUAAUGGUCGUACCAAGGUUUGGUGAUGAGAUAUAAUAGCUCCGUAGUAGAUUAUAAACGUCGUUUGGCUGGUAACCCCUGACUUUGCUGCGGAAGGCAUUAGCAUACUGGACAGGUGAUUCUUCAUUUCGAAGAACUUACGAGGUCAGUUUUUAUAAGACAUUGCAACUCGAUGCGAGGUAAGCUAGCAGCAAGCCCCCAUUCGCCGUUUCAGGCGUCAUUAGGAUUUUUAUCCCCCAAAAAAACUAUAACAGUUUUAACCAGUCGAAGUUGUUCGUAAAUGAGCCCUGACAGUGAUUCCUAACCACGUUCAAAAUUCAUAAUAUUAUUCUCCCACGAGUUUGAUAGAAGGUAAAGCUACAAAAUAAGCGAUGUC